AUGAACACCAAGGUUGCUCAUAUUUUUGCCGCUCUCCUUACAGCCCUUCUUCUCCUCAUUCCCGUUGGCUUUCAUGGCUUUGAUUGCUCUGGCUACAUUUUCAGCGCCGAAUGUGGAGGCAUAAGUUACUUGCAAAUUCUCGGAAAGCUAACAUUAACUGCAGGUGUCUUUGCAUGUAUGGCUGCUCUUUUUAUUGCCAUCUCCAUAUCUUGUCACACCAAAUGGCUUAAUCGUGUAAUCAUUUCGGUUGUCUCUCUAUCCACCAUCUUUUCUGCAACAACAAUUUUCCUCUACUACACCAAUACCAAGGCCUGGUCUCCAUUCAUGGCAUCAAUGGCAAUGACCAUCUCUAUUGUCCACACAGCAAUCCUGCUCAUUGACUUCCUCUCCAAUCUCAUCAAGUCCAGCUGA